AUGACAAUAACGAUGAAAAACAGAAUUAGUGAAUAUUUACAUUCGGUUGAUCCUGUUACACAACGUCGUCGACCGUUCGGCAUAACAUUGGACAAAGUUACAUUAUUAAAAAGGUCGAUGCAGGUGACAAUUAUGAUCGUGAUGAUUGACGGACAGUUAACACCUCUUUAUCUUCAGUCUCCAUUAUGUCAAACAGAGCUAACGGGGGAAGACUUAGCUAGUAAUUGUGUUCGAGUACUAGAAUCAUUUGGCUUGAAAAAAAAUGCAUUGCAAGAACAAUUCACUGGUUGUGCCGUCAAUGGUGCUUAUAUUAAUUUGCAAAUUGAAAAACAUCUAUGUCAAAAACUAGGAAUGCGAGAGAGAUGGUUAACAGUGUCAUGGGAUAGUGCACAUUUACUUGAAUUAGCAAUAAAUGAUGCAAAGAAACAAAGUAAAUUUUCCCGGUUACAAAGGUUCAUUAAAACAUGCGGUACAAUCAUGAAAAAAUAUUCAUAUGGAAAAUCAUAUGAGCACCUACUGGAAGCAGCUGAAUUAGUCGAAGAACAAAUACUACAACCAAAACAAUUUCAUAUUACCCGUUUUAUUCAAUCCGAACUCCGCGUAUACGAAACAGUAUUAAGAGAUUGGUCAACUCUGUAUUAUUUGCAAGAACAAGAUAGUGUAAUUAACUCAUUAGCAGGUGGAAAUGUAAGUGCAAGAACAAGACGAAAUAUUGAUACAGAAUACAAAGCAGGUGAUAGCAAUAAUGUUAGUUACAAACAUGAAGAUAUCAAAUCUGUGGAUUUUGUUUGUAAACUUAUUGGUUUAAAUGAUAUCUACAAUAUUCUUGUACGAGCAUCUAUGUCUGUGCAGCAAGUCAAUAAAUACCCGUGGGAACAUGAUGAUUCAAUUCGAUAUUUACAAAAAUGUUUAAAUGGAUAUAAAUGUGAAGAACCGGAACCAGUUGGCUUACUCGAACCAACAAUCGAUGACGAUUGUGAUAUACAAGAAGAAGACGACGAAGAUACACAAGUUCGAGCGAUGCCAUCAGCAACAUGUAUUGAACAAUAUUAUCAAGAUCUAUUGAAAUGUGAAUUCAAACAACGUCCAAUCAUCAUACGACCUGGUGAUUAUGAUUUAGAAGAUCCAACUACACAUACAAGAAAAAAAUUGAUCGAAUUAUGUCAACAAUUAGUUGAAACAAUU